AUGCAUUUAAGCUAUGCCCCUCCUUAUAUAUCCCAAUGUAACUAUAAAGACUCAAAGAUAACAUUAAACGGUUUUAAUUUUCACAAUGAAGGAAGAGUUGCUCAGGUUACUGUUAAUGGACGACGUAAAUAUAUUUCUUCAAUUGAUCAUCGUUUAUUAAUACUUGAUUAUUAUUUUAUUGAGCAUUCUGAAAGAUUAUAUAUAAAUGUAAUUAUUGGGGAUGUUGCAAUAGAAAAUAUUUAUAAUUGUGAUAUAAAGCCACAACCUGUGUCGAUUACUACAACUGUAUCAACUUCAAAAUAUAAUAGUGGUAUAAUUACAAUAUCUGGAAGUUUUAUGUCAUCACCUGGAUCAUUAAGUACAAAUGUAUCUUUAAUCAAUAGUGAUAAUAAAAUCUAUAAUUGUGAAUAUAUAUCAUCAACAAAAUCUCAAAUAGUUUGUUUAUUGGAACCUGGUAAAGGAUUAGUAAAUAAAGUUAAAAUUAAAAUAGAUGAUGUUGAAAGUUUGACUGAAAUGAACUUUAAAUAUGGUGUCCCUCAAUUUACAUCAACAAAUGCAAUUCAAAUUGAUAGAACAAACGAAUUUUCAUUGAUAGGUAUUAACUUUGGUAAUAUUAACGAUAAAAAUGGUACAGUUAAACUUUUAAUUGAUGGAAAUGAAAAUAAAGAAAUAAUAACAACAUCAAUAAGUAAUGAUGAAACUAAAUUAUCAUUUAAAUUACCAAAUAUAUGUGAAACAUCUGUAAAACUAUCAAUUGAAGUCAAUGGUGCUAUUUCAAAUAAUAGUAUAAUCAUAAAACCACAAUCUACAUUUAUAUUAGCUCCAUCAAGACCAUUAACAAAUGGAUCAUCAUUACAUAUUGAUAAAUACUUUUCAUGUAAAGAUAAAAUUGUAAAACCAUCUAUUACUGUUGAUAGUUCUAAUAAUCAUAUUGAUUGUACUAUAAUUUCAAGUUUUGUAGCAAGCUGUAAUGUUGGUGUUGGAACUGGUAAACAUUCAUUUAAAUUUUAUGAAGAUGGUAUUGAAAAAAUCAAUUUAUUUUUUCAAUAUGCACCACCAACAAUUGUAUCACAUAAUGUCAAUGGGUUAAAAACAAUUACAUUAACUGGUUAUAACUUUGGUAUUGAUUCAUCAAAAUGUAAUUUAAUGUUUGCAAAUAAAAAUGUAACAUGUAAAGUUAUCAGUGAUACAACUAUAACAUUCGAUGCAGAUUCACAAUAUGAUUAUGGUAAUGUUAAUCUUAUAAUCGAUAGUAUUCCAAUGUCAAAUGAUAACUAUAAAAUAAAGCAAAACUAA